AUGGAAAACGUCUCGUUCAAUAAGAUUAAAGCCCACGGGGAAGCCGUCGAUCCACAACCCAGCAGUUUUCAUACAUGGUACUGGGUCCACGAUCAGAAUGAAAGAUCCCAUGUUCCAGAAAUCACCUAUCUGUUCUCAGAAGAAGAUAGACGACAAAUACAGGCGAACCCUGCUGCUAGCACUCGCUCCGGCAGACCUUUCAAAGCAAACGUUCCACCACCGCUAGAGUACAACGACUUCUGGGCAGACCAGGGUAGCAGAGAACUUGAUGGAUAUAUAGUGCGCCGAGAUAUUGCGUCCGAGACGUUGGAGCAGCGAAAGAGACGAGCAAUUAAGGCAGAGAAGCUCGAGGAGCGCAGGGUGCGAGCUGAGGCUCUCCAGCGGAAGAUACACUGGGCUUUCAUUGAUGCCAAAGCGACUGAGCUCACUGAGGACUUCCUCCGGGCAUUGGCAGCGCCGGUCAAGAGUGAGGGUGAUAAUUGGAUCUUAAGAUGGUACUGGAGCUCGGGUUUGAGUCUGGAUUUGACGAUGGAGCCCGACCAGUUGAGGAAUGCAAUUUGGCCAGAUCAAUACCUUUCCAACAGAUAUAUAUUUGAAGCUGGAUACGAAGAGCGUUGCAGGAAGAUGGACCACAUCGAAGAUGCGACCAGACCAACGACUCCGCUGAAGAAGCAACGCAUGUGUUCUCCAACAAGGAUCACGCAAAUGGGAGUGGACGAGGACAAAGCUCUUGACGAGAGGGAACCGGUGUUGGUCCAUUAUUACAACAUGAUAGGAGGGGCGUAUGUCAUUCCUGCGCGGAGGGCAAGACAACAGGAGUCAUUCGAAAGGUCGCACAUUCGAUCGAGUUCUAGAUUCGACUUGGUUAAUGGACCUGUCAGGACAACAGAGGAAGAGAACAAGACUCAAGAUUCGCAACAAGCCACAGAGAGGCCACCCAGCCCUUCUCAGAGAAAAUUCAUCGAGGUGGGGCUUGCACUUAUGCUCAAAAACAGCAAGCUUGGAAAAGUCAAAGGUUUCAAAAUAAAGGAAGAAGAAGUCGAUGUUGAAAUGGUUGAUAGAGAGCAGUCAAGCGCAGUUUCCGCCAUCGACGAGAUCAAGACCGAGGACACGAUGGAGAUCAAGACUGAGGAUAUGAUGGAAAUCAAGCAGGAGACUCGUUCGACGGUCAAAGAAAUCUCCUCGGUCGAAUCGGCGUGGCAUGACAUCGCAUAG